AUGGACAACUUUGAGAAAAUGACCCCCGGCUUCUUUAGCACUCCCGGACGUAAAAUGUUCGGUAUCGUCUUCGGCGUCGGCGCAGUCACACUAGGCACCAUGUACACAAUUAUCAACCGGACCCGCCACGAGGAGGGAAAUAUUGCCAAUCAUCGUGAGCAGCCCCACUAUAACCACUGA